AUGGAGAUCUCAAAUGAAACAUCUUUCAGUCCAUUCUUUCUCCUCAGUCUUGCUGAUACCCCAUACCUAAAGGCCUUCAGCAUCCUCCUGUUUCUCAUCAUGUAUAUACUAGCCUUAUCAGCAAACGCUCUGCUUAUUUUUGUUGUAAGAAUCAAUUUGCGGCUGCGCACCCCAAUGUAUUUUUUCUUAAGCAACCUGUCCAUCAUUGACAUCAGCUUAAGUUCUUCAAUUGUACCUAAACUGAUCAUAAUUACAAUAACUCAGGAUACAAGAAUUUCACGCCUUGAUUGUGCCUUACAGAUGUUUUUCCAUUCAGCCCUUAUUGCCUCAGAGUGUAUUAUUCUGGCUGUUAUGGCCUAUGACAGAUACGUAGCCAUCUGUAAGCCUCUGCACUACAAUACAAUCACAAACAAGAGAUUUUGCAUUUCCAUGGCUGCAGCUUGCUGGGCUCUGGGUUGUAUCAAUUCUAGCAUUCACGUACCCUACACUUUACAGCUCCCUUUUUGUAGGUCCCGCUAUGUCAACCAUUUUUUCUGUGAGAUACCUGUGAUUUUUCGACUCUCUUGUCAAGAUACUUGGCUUCAUGAGUUAUCAAUGUACAUCUCAGCUUGUACACUUGGCCUUAGCGCAUUCAUAUUGACUCUUUUUUCAUAUGCUUAUAUCAUCUCCACUAUCCUAAAAAUCCAUUCCAUUGAAGGAAGACAUAAAGCUUUCUCUACAUGUGUAUCACAUCUCACAGUGGUCUUUCUGUACUAUGGUCCUGUGAUGUUCAUGUAUUUACGUCCUCACUCCACAAAAUCUCCCAGUACAGAGAAGAUUGCGUCCAUUAUUUACACAGUUGUGACUCCAAUGCUCAAUCCCAUCAUCUAUAGUAUAAGGAAUAAAGAUAUUAAAGCUACCAUACAGGGAACACUGAAUAAGAAGUCACAAAUAGUUUGA